AUGCCUUCAUCGACAUUUCAGCAAUACUACUUUCCGCAGAAGAAUGGCUUUGAUAGUCUGACACUUCGUGAAGUUCCAAAGACUCCUCCCAAAUAUGGGCAAAUCCUGAUCAGGAUCAAGGCAGUCUCAUUGAAUUGGCGAGAUGGUAUCAUUGCCCUCGGGACAUACCCGUUUCCUGGGCCCGACGCCCUUGUACCAGGCAGCGAUGGCGCAGGUGUCAUUGAAGAAGUUGGCGAAGGUGUUACAGAAUGGCAGCCCGGCGACCGAGUACUUGCAAAUUUCACGCAAGAUCACCUAGCUGGCAGACUCACUCCGGAAACACUUCUCACUCAACUAGGAGGAGAGACGCAAGGUCUGCUUGGGGAGUUCUUUAUCUUCCCGAAGACAGGGGUUGUGAGGAUACCCGAUUAUCUGUCGUUUGAAGAAGCAUCAUGCCUCCCAUGCGCUGCCCUGACUGCAUGGAACGCCCUCUAUGGCUUGGUGGCCGUGAGGCCUGGCCAAACUGUUCUGUUGCAAGGUACAGGAGGUGUAUCGACAUUUGGUCUGCAGAUCGCCCAUGCGGCUGGGGCAACCACAAUCGUCACAUCUUCGUCCGAUCAGAAACUAGAAAGGGCACGACAAAUGGGUGCAACUCACACCAUCAACUACCGAAAGCAACCAGGUUGGGCCGCAGAGGCAAAGAAUAUUACCAAUGGGCGCGGCGUGGAUCAUAUAAUUGAAGUCGGCGGAACUCUGACGCUGCAGGGGUCCUUCGAUGCCAUUGCGAUGCACGGAAUCAUUCAUUGCAUUGGGCAUAUAACAAACCCAGACCCAUUGGGCACCGGGAAAGAACUUCGUGGGCCAGACGCCGCCUUUUUGGCGUUAGACCGACUGUGUAUACUCCGAGGAGUGGUUGUUGGCUCCCGGGAGCAGUUGCAGGAUAUGCUGGAAUGCUUUGAAACAAAGUCAAUCAGACCCAUCAUCGACAAAACUUUUGAAUUUGAAAAUGUGAAGGAAGCAUAUGAGUAUCUGUGGGGCUCAACCCACACAGGGAAAGUUGUCGUCCGAGUGGGACAGGCCUGUUGA